AUAACUGAUUACAAUUCUUACCUCUGAGCUCAUACUUUCAAAUCUAAUGUUUUUUGUUUCUGCUUUGUGUCAGGCAAGUAACUGUGAGACAAUGCUUAGCAAGAUUAAGAUUCCUCUACCAGAUAUGCUCAACGCAGUUCUAGAUUUGGAUUCUUCAGCUCUGAUCAUUGACCAGAUUAAAAAUCUAAUCAAAAUCUGUCGGAGCAAGGAAGAAAUGGAUAUGUUGAGGAAUUCUGCUGGUGGUGACAAGGAAAUGCUUGGAAAGUUUGAAGAGAUUUUCGGGGAACUAAUGAAGGUUCCGCGGAUAGAACCAAAAUUACGAGUGUUUGCUUUUAAGGUUGACUAUUCUUCCAGGGUGAGAGACUUAAGAAUCUGGCUGAAUACGAUAAUCGCUGCUACUAAAGAGAUAAUGGGAUCUGUGAAGUUGCUUAGGAUUAUGCAAACAAUUUCAACACUGGAAAUUCUAGGAGGUUCUGAUGUGGAGUGUGAACUGGAUAGUCUUGUUAAGUUAUCUGAUAAUGUGGUUUUGAUGCAUGACUUUUGCAAGCUUGUUGGUGAAAAAAUGCCGGAAUUGCUGGAUUUUGGUAAUGACCUUGUUCACUUAGAAGCUGCAUCAAAGAUUGAAUUGAAUGCGGUUGCUGAGAAUAUGCAACAGUUAUACGACAUCGAGAGAGAGGUGGAUGACGAGUUCAUAGCUUCAGAAAAUGAUGGUGCAAAUUUUGUCGGGUUCCGAAACAUGCUGUAUGAUUUUCUUGGUAGAAUUGACGCCGACGCGCAGUUGCUUAAUAUCUUAUACUCAGAAGCGGGAAGAAUUGCAGAUUCCUACAUAAGUGAGUAUCCAGCUCACGUUAGCUUCGAGGAAGUGACCAACAUCCUGACCCGUUUCGUGGAAACGUUCUACAAGUCUCGUGAGGAGAUUGAAAGACAAGCCGAGGCUGAGAGGGAGAUGCUGGAGAACGAAACAAUGAACAUCAACCAAAACGGGAACCUCUAAAGAACCGUAUCUAGAUCCAUCAACAACUUCUAUGCUGCUUAGAUGGAACUGCAAACUAUCUAUGAUCUCUUUACUAGUGUUUAUGUCCUAGAAAAGAUUUGAACUUUUUUACAUUCCGAAGUUUACAUUAUCUUCAUUCUGCUAAUAAACUAUUUAUCUUCUA